GGACACUAUCUCCUAGCUCUCCAGCUACAACACAUCCCCUUAGCGGGCAGGAUGGCUCCUUACAGCGCUACUAGCAUAUUCACUACUGAGCACAAUCACAAGGCACAAGGAAUAAGAAAGAUGAGAAAACCAGUGGUUGAAAAGAUGAGGAGAGAUCGGAUUAACAGCAGCAUCGAGCAGCUCAGGAUGUUACUGGAGAAAGAGUUUGAGAAACAUCAUCUCCCAUCCAAACCAGAGAAAGCUGACAUUCUGGAGGUGGCAGUGAGCUUCAUGCAGCAACAGAUGGCUACCAAAUGUAAACAGUCAUCCAGUGCACCUCAAAUGGAAGGUUACUCUAAAUGUCUCCAGGACUCCCUGCACUUCCUCUCCCUGCAGAAACAUGCAGAGCUUCACAGAAAAGUAAUACAGAAUUUCCAUGAGAACCAUUCCCUAUCACAGGGUUUGUGUCGUUCCGUGUCACCCUACUACCAGACCCCCACUAUAGGCACAGCACCACCAGCCAAGCUUCUCUGGAGACCCUGGAACUGAUUUGAUGGACUUGUUCAGCCUGCCCAUAAGCUCAUUUAGAGCUAUAUAUGGGAGAUUAUUAAUUACUCUACAUUGUUGGUAUCCAAGAGGAGAAUAUCUAUAUCUUUAGUCUAUGCUAAAAGACAGAUGUCAUAGCACAUAUGCCUGCCUUCUAAAACGGAAGCAUGUAAUAGUUACAGUAAUAGAAAAGAAUAGAGCAUAAUUGCUUUAACUGUGUAUAAUAAUACACUGAGGGCAAUAUUAAGUAGUAUUGAACUGUUUGUAUAUUGCAUUGUGUCUGUAUCCUUUGUAAGGAUUCUGCUUGCUUGGUUUUAAAUGUAUUAUGGCGCACACAGAGCAGUCAAAAAUACAUGCUGUGUUAUUUCCACACAUUGUGGCAUUAUAACUGAUUGACCAGCAGAAAUGAAUGCAUUUAGUGCGGUGUCCAUUGGCCUUUCAGGGUCUGGAUAUUUACUGUAACACUACAUUGCUAGUGAUUUAUAAUUACAUUACCAUGAAAGUGCAUCUUUAAGAUUUCCUAUGCUGUAUGCAAUAUUUGCAGUAUUUAACAGUAUACUAACUGUUAUAUUUUUUAGUAAUAUGCAAUAUUUGCAUCAUUUAACGGUUAUAUUUGUUUGUAAUAUGGAAUAUUUGCAGUGCUCAACAGUAUCUUAACUGUUUUAUAUAUAUAUAUUUUUUUUUUUUAUUAUUUUUUUUAAAUUUCAAUAUUUGCUGUAUAUUAACUGUAUUUGCAGUAUUUAACAGUACCUUAACUGUUAUAUUUCUUUGAAAUACGCAAUAUUUGCAGUAUUUAACAGUAUUUUAACUGUUAUAUCUCCUAGUAAUAUGCAAUAUUUGCAGUAUUUAACAGUAUUUUAACUGUUAUAUCUCUUGGUAAUAUGCAAUAUUUGCAGUAUUUAACAGUAUUUUAACUGUUAUAUCUCUUAGUAAUAUGCAAUAUUUGCAGUAUUUAACAGUAUAUUAACUGUUAUAUCUCUUAGUAAUAUGCAAUAUUUGCAGUAUUUAACAGUAUAUUAACUGUUAUAUCUCUUAGUAAUAUGCAAUAUUUGUAAUAUUUAACAGUAUAUUAACUGUUCUAUCUCUUAGUAAUAUGCAAUAUUUGCAGUAUUUAACAGUAACUUAACUGUUAUAUGUCAUUGUAAUACGCAAUAUUUGCAUAAUUUAACUUAUAUUUCUUUGUAUUAUGGAAUAAUUACAGUAUUUAACAGUACUGUAACUGUUAUAUUUCUUUGAAAUAUGCAAUAUUUGCAGUAUUUAACAGUAUAUUAACUGUUACAUUUCUUGGUAAUAUGCAAUAUUUGCAAACUGUUUGAUGGAAAUUUUCCAUACAAUUGAUGUAUGAGUGAACUUGCCCAUUAAUAAAAUAAUUUAUAUGAA